AUGUAUUAAUAUAAAGAGAAAGGAAUUGAAUAUAAUUUUGAAAUUCCUUUGGCAAAGAAUUGCAAAAUAGAUUAAAUAGUAUAUUAGGAUAAAGAUAAUAAAUGUGUGAUUAAUAAUUAUUAUAUUAUUGGAGGUGGAAAGGUAAUAAUAAAUAGAGAUAUUAAUUAAUAAGUUCGGUGCAGAUUAUUUAAUUUAUGAGGAUAGACCUGAAGUAUGUCAUUCAAAAUAUACAUUCAAUAAAGUUGGCGAUAAUUUAAUUGGAAUUAAUAGAUUAGCAGAGAAAACUGAUAAAAUAAGUUUGAUAGCUGAUAUGAAAAUAAUAAGAAAGUAUAGAAGACUUACAAGGAAAGAGAAGAAGAAGUAAUGUUAACGAUAAUAAUAAUGA